AUGUCACAGUUGAAACCUUUCCCAUCUUAUGGACAAGAUAACAGUAAUGGCGGUGCGUCUGGUAUUGAACCUGUCAAGGAUCACAGAAGAAGGCGUUCUUCCAGUAUAAUAUCGCAUGUGGAACCGGAAUCCUUUGAAGAUGAAAAUGACCAACAGAUGAUGAACAAUAUGAACGCUAAUUGGGUGAAUCAGCGAGGCGCAUGGAUUAUCCACCUUGUUGUGAUUGCACUGCUUAGACUCUUCUUCAAUUUAUUACCUGGAAUGUCUAACGAAUGGUCAUGGACCUUGACUAACAUCGCUUACGUGGUUGGUUCCUAUAUCAUGUUCCAUUUGAUUAAAGGUACACCUUUCGAUUUCAACGGAGGAGUUUAUGAUAAUCUAACAAUGUGGGAACAGAUCGAUGAUGGGGUGUUGUAUACGCCUACUAGGAAGUUUUUGAUUACGGUACCUAUCGGUUUGUUUCUUUUGUCAACACAUUAUUGCCGUUACGAUUUACAACUAUUUUUAUUGAACUUCGUUUUAACUACCUUCGUAGCUGUGGUUCCUAAACUACCUGUAACUCACAGGCUAAGAAUAAGCAUUCCUGGUAUCACAGGACCUGCUCAAAUCAGCUAA